AUGAUUUACAUGUGCGAACCACCCUCACAAGAGCACUGGAAAUGUUCAGAGAGUUGGAUUGAACGGUGUCUCAAUGAAAGUGAAAACAAACGCUAUUCCAAUCACACCUCUCUGGGGAACGUUUCUAAUGAUGAAAAUGAGGAAAAAGAAAAUAAUAGAGCAUCGAAACCACACUCAACUCCCGCUACUCUGCAAUGGCUGGAGGAGAACUACGAGAUUGCGGAAGGUGUUUGCAUUCCUCGAAGUGCUCUCUACAUGCAUUACUUGGACUUCUGUGAGAAAAAUGACACGCAACCUGUUAAUGCCGCCAGCUUUGGAAAGAUAAUAAGGCAACAGUUUCCACAGCUAACAACGAGAAGACUUGGAACCAGAGGCCAAUCGAAGUACCAUUAUUAUGGAAUUGCAGUGAAAGAAAACUCACAGUAUUACGAUGUGAUGUAUUCUAAAAAAGGAGCAGCCUGGGUCAAUGAAACUGGAAAAAAAGAAGUGACCAAACAGACAGUGGCAUAUUCACCACGAUCCAAACUGGGAACAUUACUGCCAGAGUUUCCAAAUGUCAAAGAUCUAAAUCUGCCAGCCAGUCUGCCAGAGGAGAAGGUUUCUACCUUUAUUAUGAUGUAUAGAACUCACUGUCAGAGGAUACUAGACACUGUAAUAAGAGCAAACUUUGAUGAGGUUCAAAGUUUUCUUCUGCACUUUUGGCAAGGGAUGCCUCCUCAUAUGCUGCCUGUACUGGGUUCUUCAACCGUAGUAAAUAUAGUUGGAGUUUGUGACUCGAUUUUAUACAAAGCAAUUUCUGGAGUUUUGAUGCCAACAGUACUGCAAGCACUACCCGACAGUUUGACACAGGUGAUCAGAAAGUUUGCAAAGCAACUGGAUGAGUGGCUAAAAGUAGCUCUCCAUGACUUGCCAGAAAAUCUACGAAAUAUCAAAUUUGAAUUGUCCAGAAGAUUCUCACAAAUACUCCGGCGACAGACGUCACUAAAUCAUCUGUGCCAAGCAUCAAGAACGGUGAUCCACAGUGCAGACAUCACUUUUCAAAUGCUAGAGGACUGGAGGAAUGUGGAUCUGAAUAGCAUUACCAAACAAACCCUCUAUACUAUGGAGGACUCACGGGAGGAGCACAGAAAACUCAUCAUACAAUUGUAUCAGGAGUUUGAUCACCUUCUGGAGGAGCAGUCCCCCAUUGAGUCAUACAUUGAGUGGCUGGAUUCCAUGGUGGACAGAUGUGUUGUAAAGGUAGCUGCCAAGAGACCAGGCUCUUUGAAGAAAGUAGCUCAGCAGUUUCUCCUGAUGUGGUCCUGUUUUGGCACUCGAGUGAUUCGGGACAUGACUUUGCACAGUGCACCCAGCUUUGGGUCUUUUCACCUUAUUCACUUGAUGUUUGAUGACUACGUAUUGUACCUGCUAGAAUCACUCCAUUGUCAAGAAAGAGCUAAUGAGCUAAUGAGGGCAAUGAAAGGAGAAGGAAGCACAGCAGAAAUACGAGAAGAAAUUAUCCUGAGCGAACCAGCUCCUCCAACUCCCUCCCCAGUGCCUUUCUCCCCAGCUAAAUCUGCCACCUCAGUGGAAGUGCCCUCUGCCCCCUCACCUGUCAGCAACCAGUCCCCAGAGUACGGUGGCAUAGCAGCUACAACAGGGGCUAUGCAAUCCUAUACGUGGUCACUCACCUACACUGUGACAACAGCUGCUGGGUCUCCGGCUGAAAAUUCCCAACAGCUGCCCUGCAUGAGAAGUCCACAUGUACCAUCAUCAUCUGUCACACAUCGGAUACCUGUUUAUCCCCACAGAGAAGAACAUGGAUACACAGGAAGUUACAACUACGGUAGCUAUAGCAAUCAGCACCCCCAUCCAAUGCAGAGUCAAUAUCCAUCUUUACCACAUGAUACUGCUAUCUCUGGACCACUUCAUUACUCCGCUUACCACAGAAGCUCUUCACAGUACCCUUUCAACAGCCCAACGUCAAGAAUGGAGCCCUGUUUGAUGAGCAGUACUCCAAGGCUGCAUCCCACCCCAGUGACUCCUCGCUGGCCAGAGGUGCCGGCUGCGAACUCCUGCUACACGAGCCCACCCAUGCACUCCACAAGAUAUGGCAAUUCUAGUGACAUGUACACCCCUCUGACUACACGCAGAAAUUCUGAAUAUGAGCACAUGCAACACUUUCCCGGCUUCGCCUACAUCAAUGGGGAAGCCACCACAGGUUGGGCUAAAUGAAAAUGACUGGCACCAGUGAAGCCCGUAUACUUAAAAGAGUUGUACAAACUUGAUGUUAUGUGGGACUUUACGUGGACGUUCCUGAAGGGAGGUGAAGAUGGAAAAGAUCCUGGGAAGAUAAAUGUAGU